AUGAAGGAACAUUCUGGCUGCGCUUUCUUUUCCCGCGUUUCUUCGACGAGAGAUCCCUUUGCUUUGGCCAAGUGGGCAAUUGACACAAGAUUAAAUAUGGGGGAAAUGAAACGAAUGCAAAAAACGUUGGGGCCAGUCAUUGCAGCACAAGCUUCGGAAUUGAUUUCACACCUUGCUGAGAGUCCUGAUGUCGGCGUUCGAAUUUCAGAGCCUGUCAAAAAGGUGCCGAUUGGUGUGGUGUACGAGCAAGAAUUGCCUGAUGAUGGAGACCCUAUGAUAUUUUUCCGCGAAAUCGCAGCAACGCGGUAUCAUCAAAUUAACAUGCUAAAACGUGAUAUUUUGCGAAGAGAAAAGAAAAAUAUCGGACUUCGGGCUGAUGCUGAAGUCAAACGACUUGAAUUGCAAUACAAACUCGACGUUGAGCGAGACCUUGAGGCUAGUUUUCCAGAAGGAACGCAAACCGCAAAUCCUCAUGACGUGUCUUGUGUCAUGUUGGAUUCAUUGAAAAGCAACGUUGAAGCUUUAGAGGCUUUGUUUAAAGUACGAGAAAAGAAGCUCAAGUUCAAGGUGGAGCAAUUUCAUACCUUGAAUCGGAAUCCAGACGUUUCUCACAUCAUGUGCAUGAAGGCAGAAGCCCUAAAGAUGGAGAAGCGCGUGGAGAGGGUCUCUGAACGAACCAGAACCCUGGAAAAGCUGGCCAAAGUCAUAAAACUCAAACUCGUCGACGUUUUGACAAUGUGGGACGAGAGCAUGAGGGAAACUGGCGACUCACUCAGAGCAGCGAACGCUCUUUUGAGCAAAAUUUUCCGCGAGGGCUCUGAAACAGAUUCUUCUUUCUACAAAGAAGCCGUGCAAUUGCUGACUGAAGCUGGGGUUCAGCAUCCCAUCAGAACCCUGAGAGAAGACGUUUUACAAUGCCUGAAAAUCUUUGUUGAAGGCAUGGAGAACCUGAAGGGGAUUAACGCCAGGUUCGAUGAUGUUCCUGCCUGGACUGAAGACUGAAUUCGUCUCGUGGUCAAUUCUUUUUUUCUAUUGUUUCAUUUAUAUUGAAAUCAAAAACAGCUUUUGAUAUUGCUUCAUGUGAAGAAAAUGUGGCUGCUUCUGUA